AUACGACGUCGUAGUAGGUCAUAUCUUGUUACCAAAAAUCAUUGUUGUCAAAAGAGCUACACUUAUCCUGAUAGAGCAAGAAAACACACAGCUCUUGCCAAUGGCGUCAAUGGCACUUUCAAUCGCUGCUCUUCCAAUUGCUUCUUCUUCUCUCUCUUUCUCUCGUUCAUGUUCCCCAACUGCCAUUCCCCUCGCUUCACCCACUUCCUCCAUCUCUCUCACCUCCUCAAUUCAACCACUGAUUUAUUGCGGAAGAGGAGACAAGAAGACUGCUAAAGGAAAGCGAUUCAAUCACUCGUUUGGGAAUGCAAGACCACGGAACAAGACGAAGGGCAGAGGACCGCCGAGGGUACCGGUGCCACCAGCUCCACCACGGAAAGACCGCUUCGACGACGGCGAGGUUGUUAAGAUAGAGAUCGAUGAGUCUAUCUUCUCUAACUAAUCUAACCCAAACAUUUGUUUAAGUUUCUUGUUUCAUGAUUUUGGGAUCAAACUCUUUCAAUUAAAUCCAUGCUUUCAAUUCCAAAUCCA